UUCUCGUUAAUUUCGAUCAUCACUAGUUGAGUUCUCCAGCAUCAACAAACAAAACAUUAAAAAAACAAAAGAAAAGAAAUUAAUAUUCUCUACUUUUCCAUAAGCUAAGCCUAUACUAGAAAUAAUGGCUCCACCUGCUGCAGUGAUGAGCAACUAUGAAGAGGAGGAGAUUGUUCGCCCCGUUGCUGAUUUUUCUCCAAGUAUUUGGGGUGAUCGUUUCCAUUAUUUCUCAGUUGAUAAUCAGGUUGCGGAAAAGUAUGCUCAAGAGAUUGAAACAUUGAAGGAGCAAACAAGGAAUAUGUUGUCAGCUGCUUGUGGAACAGCAUUGGUUGAAAAACUGAAUCUGAUAGACAUAGUUGAGCGCCUUGGCUUGGCUUAUCAUUUUGAGAAACAAAUAGAAGACAUGUUGGAUCAAAUUUACAAAGCUGAUCCAAAGUUUGAGGCUCAUGAUUACAAUGAUUUAUGCACUUUGUCUGUUCAAUUUCGAAUCCUAAGACAGCACGGUUACAACGUCUCUCCAAAAAUCUUUAGCAGAUUCCAAGAUGCAAAUGGCAAAUUUAAGGAAUCCCUUAGCAGUGACAUCAGAGGUCUAUUGAACUUAUACGAAGCUUCUCAUGUAAGGACUCACGGAGAGGAUAUUUUGGAAGCGGCACUUGUUUUCUCCACUGCUCAUCUUGAGUCUGCAGCUCCACAUUUGAAGUCACCUCUGAGUAAGCAAGUCACACAUGCACUUGAGCAAUCGCUCCAUAAGAGCAUCCCAAGAGUUGAGACGCGCUACUUCAUCUCUAUCUACGAAGAGGAGGAAUUUAAGAGUGAUGUGCUGCUUCGAUUUGCCAAACUGGACUUUAACUUACUUCAGAUGUUGCACAAACAAGAACUUAGCGAAGUAUCAAGGUGGUGGAAAGAUUUGGAUUUUGUGACAACACUUCCAUAUGCUAGGGAUAGAGCAGUCGAAUGCUACUUUUGGACAGUGGGGGUGUAUGCUGAACCUCAAUACUCUCAAGCUCGUGUCAUGCUUGCUAAGACUAUAGCAAUGAUCUCAAUAGUAGAUGACACUUUCGAUGCUUAUGGCAUUGUAAAAGAACUUGAUGUCUACACCGAUGCCAUACAGAGGUGGGAUAUUAGCCAAAUUGAUCGGCUUCCAGAUUACAUGAAAAUCAGUUACAAAGCACUUUUGGAUCUCUACAACGAUUAUGAAAUGGAGUUGUCAAAGGAUGGAAGAUCCGAUGUUGUUCACUGCGCUAAAGAAAGAAUGAAAGAAAUAGUGAGAAACUACUUUGUGGAAGCAAAAUGGUUCAUUGAAGGAUAUAUGCCGCCUGUUUCUGAGUAUCUCAGCAAUGCAUUAGCUACUAGCACCUAUUACUUGCUUACAACUACAUCCUACUUGGGCAUGAAGUGUGCUACCAAGGAAGAUUUUGACUGGUUGGCCAACAACCCUAAAAUUCUUGAAGCCAAUGUGACCUUAUGUCGAGUCAUUGAUGACAUAGCCACAUAUGAGGUUGAGAAGGGUAGAGGUCAGGUUGCCACUGGCAUUGAGUGUUACAUGAGGGAUUAUGGUGUAUCAACAGAAGUAGCAAUGGAAAAAUUUCAAGAAAUGGCUGAGACAGCAUGGAAGGAUGUAAAUGAAGGAAUUCUUCGACCAACUCCCGUCUCUACCGAAAUCCUUACUCGAAUUCUCAAUCUUGCUCGUAUUAUAGACGUCACUUACAAGCACAAUCAAGACGGAUACACUCAUCCGGAGAAGGUCCUAAAACCUCACAUUAUAGCCUUGUUGGUUGACUCUAUUGAAAUUUAAAUCAUCAAAAUUGUACGUUGUGCUCACAAUUCACCUAGGAGCACUUGGUUCUUGACCCCUUAAAUAAUUUAUUUGUGGAUAUCUUGUCGAUACCUCCGAGCUUCUGGCGAUGCAUAUAUUGUUAUCGUGCAGUGAAGUUACCUUCUUAACUUUUUAUUAUUUGUAUCAUCAUUCACAUUUGAAGUUAUAAAUUAAUUUGUUUUAUAAUCUGUA